UUGGUGGGGUGGGCCCGUAGGUUAAAAGAAAAACUGGAGGGACAAAAGAAAUGAACCCUUUAGAGUUGGUUGGUGAAACAGAGAGCAAGAAUCAAGAUUUGACCAAGAGCAGAGAGAGAUUCAAUGGAGAAAGUGAAUCAAACGUUCUUCUUAUCUCAUGGCUCUCCUACAUUGAGCAUUGACGAUAGCUUGGAAGCGAGACAGUUCUUCAAAUCAUGGACCAACAAAGUUCUGCCACAGAAACCCAAAUCGAUCUUGGUCAUCUCCGCACAUUGGGACACAAAAGUUCCAACCGUCAACACUGUUCUCCGCAAUUCCACCAUCCACGACUUCUAUGGCUUCCCUGAUCCCAUGUACAAGCUGAAAUAUGAAGCACCUGGAGCUAUUGAAUUGGGGAAGAGGGUAAAAGAAUUGUUAAUGGGAGAAGAAGGAAUGAAACGUGUUGAUGAAGAUAAAAACAGAGGACUGGAUCAUGGAGCUUGGGUUCCUCUUAUGUUGAUGUAUCCAGAGGCGGACAUACCUGUUUGCCAGCUCUCUGUUCAAUCAUCUCAAAGUGGGACUUACCAUUACAACAUGGGCAAAGCAUUGGCUCCACUUAAAGACGAAGGUGUUCUUAUCAUUGGAUCAGGAAGUGCUACUCACAACUUGAGGAAGCUUGACUUUAAUAUAACUAAUGGCUCAGCUGUUCCUUGGGCUUUGGCGUUUGAUCAUUGGCUCCGAGAUUCUCUUCUUCAAGGAAGAUAUGGAGAUGUGAAUGAGUGGGAAGAGAAAGCCCCAAAUGCGAAAAUGGCGCAUCCAUGGCCUGAGCAUUUUUACCCGCUACACGUUGCAAUGGGUGCAGCAGGUGGUGAUGCAAAGGCAGAGCAAAUUCACACAAGCUGGCAGCUUGGUACUCUGUCUUAUUCAUCUUACAGCUUCACUUCUUCCCUUUGAAUUAAUAUUUCAUGUCUAUCUCCUUCACUUUGUUCCGUCUCUACUUUUAAUAUACGCUUUGUGUAUUUCAUCUAUUUACAAUAAUCCAGAUCUUUCCUUGUAUGCAAAUACAAAAUCUACUUUGUGAAUGACAAGAAGAAAACAAGUCUGUAAUUGGUUUAUAUAUACAUUAUAUUGGAUUGCC